AAUAUUCUUCAAAAAAUUUCAAAGAGAUGAAAACAUUCAGCUCAUUUCACGAGAAUAAUAAUAAUCGAACAGAAUUCAUCAAUGAACAUCUUAUGUCAACCGAACCGACAAGGAAGAUAACCAAAAUAAUAAUAAAUCGGAGCAAGUUCAUCAAAGAUGAAAAAAAAGACGACUCGAACGCCUGAACAUCCCAUGCCCAACUCUUCACCUGAGUUCCUCAGCCGGCGUCUCCAUAUCGUGGCCAGCUCGAGCUCGGCGCACUCCUUGGUCGUGCUGAUCCAGGUCCAUGCCGCUGCAGCUCCUCUGUUUUACAGGCAGCGCCCUUCCUGUUUUCAAGCAGCACCAGGCGUUGGCGCCAGAGCCCAACGCCCGCGCGCGUGCUAUUCAAGGCGUCCCUUCCCCAACCGCACGUCUCUUUUCCUCCUCCGGACUCCCACAUGCCCGCGCCCAUCGCCGCCACGGAGCCCGCAACAUCCCCUCCCCCCGCACGACGCCCGCCGCCGCGCUGCCCACGGCAGCGCCGACGACCGCCACAUGACACAGCCUCCCCGACGACCCACCGAGCCGGCCAGCUUCCUCGGCGCCACGUCCAUCCCGAGCCAGCGCUCCGACUCGGCCACCGCCGACAACGUCCCCAUCUUCGGCCGGUACCCGCCUCCCCCGCCGCCGCCGCAGAAGCAGCACUCGCACUCGAGCUCCAAUGGUGGGAGCGGCAGGCACCACCGGUCGCGCCCGGCCAGGCUCAUGCGCUCCGUGCGCGCCGCGUUCCGCUCCUUCCCGCUCCUCCCGGCGCCGUCCUGCCGCGGCCUCCCCUCGCUGCCGCACCUCCCCGGCAGCAUCGUCAGGAGCCACUUCCAGUUCCACGGCUCCACGCGCACCACGGGGACGCUCUACGGCCACCGCAGGUCCCGCAUCACCAUCGCCUUCCACGACAGCCCCGGGAGCCCCCCCGUGCUGCUGCUGGACAUGGGCGUGCCCACGGCCAAGUUCAUCCAGGACGUCAGCGCCGCCGGCAUGGUGCGCGUCACGCUCGAGUGCGACCGGCAGAAGCAGCAGCAGCAGUACUCCGGGGGCGGCGAGGAGGCGCCGCGGAGGCAGCUGCUGGAGGAGCCGUCGUGGGCGGCGGAGGUGAACGGCGAGAGCGUCGGGUGCGCGUCGCGCAGGGAGCCCACGGAGGCGGACGAGCGGGUCAUGCGGAUGCUGCACGCCACGUCCAUGGGCGCCGGCGUGCUCCCGGACGACAUGGCCGACCAGUCCAACGGAGAGCUCACCUACAUGCGCGCAAACUUCGACCGCGUCGUGGGCUCCAAGGACGCCGAGACCUACUACAUGCACAACCCGGAGGGAUCCGCCACCGGCCCGGAGCUCACCAUCUUCUUCGUUAGGAAUUGAUUGAUUAGCUCUCUCUCCUUUAAAAAUCACUCUGUUCUUUGUCCUUCGAUUAAUUGUGACAAUCUUCUUCCCACCAUUCCCUGUUCAUUCGCAUGUGUGUAUAUAGAUUAUAAUCCUAGAUCAAUCGUUUUAAAUGAAGAAGAAAAUUGUAGGGAAGUUCCAUGCUUAUUUUAAAUUUGGUAGUCAUAGAUUCUGUUUGGGAAAAUUCGUAUGCUUACUAGGGAAGAAAUUUCUGUUUGGGAAAAUUGUAGGGAAGUGUGUACUCUGAUAAUUCUAUCCUCUUGUUCGUCAAAAAAAAAAAUCCUCUCUUCUGUUCUGCCCCUUGCGCACUCCCAACUUUUAUC